AUGUCCACCGUCCGUCUUGUGCGUCGUCUGCCAGCAGCGCUGUCGCACAGUACAUCAUCGCCCGUCUUGGCAUCUCUGGCCACGAGAACAACAGCCAAAGGCGCUCUCGUGAGCACCAACUCCAGGAUGGCUUCAUCGGCCUCAUCGGCUGCCGGCAAAAAUAACUGGUCAGCGGCCCAGUACCUCAAGUUUGACAGCGAGCGCACCCGCGCCGUGCACGACCUGGUGGCGCGGGUGCCGCUGCCGGGCGGCAAACUGCCGGCCACGACAGAUGACGACGCCUCGCCACCCCUGCGCAUCAUCGAUCUCGGCUGCGGUCCCGGCAACUCGACGGCCGUGCUGGUGCAGCGGUUCACGGGCGCCCACGUGUCGGGCGUCGACGCGUCGCCCAACAUGAUCGAGCGGGCACGUGCGGCGCUGCCAGACGUCGACUUUGCGCUGGCCGACCUACGCACGUAUGCAGGCCAACCGACAGACGAUGCACCGGCCGAUUUGCUGCUGGCCAACGCCGUGUUCCAGUGGCUGCGGCUGCCAGACCGGCUGCCGACGGUGCUGCGGCUGCUGGCGACGCAGCGGCCGGGCGGCGUGUUCGCGUACCAGGUGCCCGACAACAAGGACGAGCCGUCACACCGGGCAAUGGGUGAAGUCGGCAGCGGAAAGGCGCCCGGAACUUCGGCCGACGACGUCUGGGUGCCGUUCCUGCGCGACCUCUCGGAUCGCGACCCGAUCGAGACGCCCGAGACGAUCUACGACGCGCUCAUCCUUCACUGCACCGCCGUCGACGUCUGGCACACGGCCUACUACCACGCUCUGCCCGGCGGCGUCGCCGAUAUCGUCGAGUGGCUCAAGGGCUCCGGCCUGCAGCCCUUUGUCAACGCCCUGCCGGAAGGCCCCGUCCGUGAUGCCUAUCUCGAUGCCUACAAGACUCGUCUCGCCGACUUCUACAAGCCGCGUGCUGACGGCUCCGUCCUCAUCCGCUACCCCCGUCUCUUUGUCGUUGCCGUCAAGAAGUAG